UGAUGAGGUGACGAUUGUUAAAAGUUUGACUUAAUAAAAUUGGGCAUUUUGCCACUUUUUCCUUUCAAUAUGGAGCUGGAAAUAAAUCAGUAUCUAGCUCAACAACGAGAGAUGGCAGGGGAGCAGGUUGAUAACAGAAGAGAUCGAGGGCAAGACUACAGCUGGGAAAGAAAUCAAGCCAGAGACCGGCGACGACAUCGCUCCAGACCGAGUCGAUUUAAUGACAUAGAUGAUCGAGUGAAGCAGCAUUCAGGAAACUAUGACAAUGCUGAAAGGAGAGAUUGCAGAGAACAAGAAAGCUCCAGACGCGAAGAGAAUUAUGAAGACAGAAUACCUAACAGUAGGUUUGAAGAUAGAUAUGAAGAGGAAUCCGGGAGGUACUCAAGAAGCGAAGACAGAUCUUACCGCAGCAGAUAUGAUGAGAGAUACGAUGAGAACGACAGAUACAGUGACAGACACAGUGACAGACAUAGUGAGAGACACAGUGAGAGAGGGGAUGAAAGAAGGGGUCGCAGACGCAUUGAGAGAAACGGCAACCGAGCAGAUGAUGAUGAUAGAUAUGGAGAGAGCAGGGAGCGUGGAGGAUCGUCCAAGAAGGAGAAACCAAGUCGGACAGUCAUGCUGAAGGGUCUAAAUAGUUUAGUUACUGACCAUGAUAUCCGGACCAUUUUACAGAUGUUCGGUGCUCCAAUCAAAGAUGUCCGCUUGGUCAAGCACAGAGACACAGGUGCCUCCAGGGGCUUUGCCUUUGUGGAGUUUCAGUUCCUGCCUGACGCCCAGCGAUGGAUGGAGGAGAACCAGGGCCUCGUUGUUCUUGGUGGACAGGAAACUCAGCUUGUCUUCAGCUCCAAUAAAGAUAGAGAAGAAGACUGGUUCUGCUCUCAGUGUGGUGCACAUAACUUCAAGAGGAGAGAAUAUUGCUUCAAGUGUAGCAUCAGCAAAGAUGAUUCGGAACGCUACAGUGAAAUAGGCCAGGUAGCAUCUAACGUUUUGAUUCUAAUGGGCCUGGAUGCUCUGACAACGGAAGAAACCGUCACCAAAGUCUUGGAGUACACGUCCUCAGCCAAGAUGAACAUCAGCAUAGCGCGGGAUUCGAUCACGCGCACAUCACGUGGUUAUUGCUACGUAGAGAUGGAUACUGUUGAAACGGCCACUCAUCUCAUGAAUAUAUUGGCCUCCAUGCAACCACCAUUUCAGAUAGAUGGAAAACAGGUGUCCGUACAUUUUUGUAAGCAGAACAUUCCAGAGAGACCUGAGGUGGCUGCCCCAGUAGUCGCUGAACCCCAGUGGCCAGCUUCUUAUGGCAGCCCUGAGAGGGAGAAACCCAUCACCACUCCACCCACAGUUGCCUCGACUGCCGCGCUGUCAUACUUCCAACAUGCUACCCUCGACCCUGUCCGUCUGACCACUGGUGCCCAGCAGACUCCUUAUGCCUACCAGCAGUAUGUAGUACAAACAAAUGCUACGAUACCAGCCCAGUUGACAUAUCCAACCCAAGUCCUUCUGGUUAGUGCCAAUACUGCCAUCGCCCCGGCAGGGCAGACUGCAGUUGUUAUUCCUUCUGACAGAGACCAAUAUAAAGCAGCAGUGGCUCAAGAGCAGGUUGAGGCAGCAAGACAACAGCAACUUCAGCAGCAGCAGUUGCAGCAGCAGAUCAUGGCCACAGUCAAGCUACAAGAAGAAGUCAAGAAGCAGGUUGAGGUUGUAGCUGUUGCACCUGCAGCAGCAACUGCAGCAGCAGCUGCAGCGUCAGCAGCUGCAGCAGCAGCAGCAGCCAUUGAAGACGACCAGAAGAAGCUGGCUGAGCAGGCCAGACGGUGGUCCGAGAAGAAGAAAGAACAGGAGCAGCAAUCUAAGAAGACAUCAGAGGAGAAUAAAGAUGGAGCAGCCAUCUCCGGAACGGCUGCCCCUGCAACGGCUGCCCCUGCAACGGCUGCCCCUGCCACAGUCAAGAAGAAGAAGAAGAGGAAACAGCAGGAAGUGACCCAAGAUGCCCCGGUCGUAGUGCAGUUUUUCCAAGAUGGUCGCACUUAUCCGACACCUGAUGUUUCUACCUAUCAAUACGAUGAGCAGUCAGGCUUCUACUACGACCCUACUAUUGGACUCUACUACGACGCUAAUUCACAGUAUUACUACAACAGCGAUACCCAGUCCUACUUAUAUUGGGAUGCUGGAGCAUCAACAUAUCUACUGGCGCCAGACUUCAAACCAGAAGCAGACCAGGGCACAGCGCAGAGUGAGUUGGCAGCGGGUGACAAAAACGACAAGACAAAGGAUAAGGAUAUUAAGAAGGAUAAUAAGAAUGACAAGAACAAGAUGGCCAAGAAGCUUGUGAAGGACAUGGCACGAUGGGCCAAGAGUAUGAAUUCAUCUAAGCACUCUUUCAAGAAGUCGAUGGGUGGAAUGGAAGGCAGGGACUGGGUGGCUGGUGCUGCUGAUGCAGGGUUUGCUAUGCUCAUGAAAAAGGCCAAUCCAGCUGACACCAAGGUGAGUGUCCAGCAAGCUCUACAGCAUCAGACAAGUGACCCUGGUCCUGGAUCUGCCAAGUCAGCAAUUGUUGCCUCGUAUGGUGGAGGUAGCGACAGCGAUCCUGAGCCCGACUCCAACUCGACUUUUGCCACCAUUAAUCCCGCUGCUGCCACCAAUAAUGGUACCUCAGUUGAUGGAUUGACGGACUGGUCCAAACUCAUAUGCUUACUGUGCAAAAGGCAGUUCCCGUCCAAAGAGAUCUUAGUAAAGCAUCAACAGUUCUCAGAGCUGCAUAAACAGAACUUGGACAGCCUGAAGCAGCAGCAUCAGGAAUCAGGAACAGAUAUGGACGGGUCAGAGACUGAUUAUCAGUAUCGGGAUCGAGCUAAAGAACGAAGAUCAAAGUUUGGUGUGGAUGCUGAACCACCAAAGAAAAGAUUCCGUGCUCCCAAACCCACAAUACCGUACGAGCAGCCGACUAAGGCAGGGUUAAAGGAAGACAACAUUGGAAACCAAAUGUUGCAGAAGAUGGGAUGGAACAAGGGAACGGGACUAGGCAAAAAACAACAGGGGCGCACUGAUCCUAUUGAGGUACACAAGAGACAAGCAGGUGCUGGGCUAGGGACAAAGGGCGGCUCUUAUGAUCUGACUGGAAGUGAUUCCUACAGGGACGCUGUGAAGAAAGUCAUGAGAAGUAGAUUUGAAGAGAUGGAGUGAUGAUGACGGUACAGCCAUUUCCUCUGCACUGUUAUCUUCUUGUUGUAUGCUACAGUAUCAGAACAGUAUCUUAGUUCAUGAUGCUGUGUUUUUAUGAUCAUGCCAAUUUGACUUAUGUAAUUAUUUUGUCCAGUAAUAUAAAGAUACUAGUAGGGUUGUUUGGAAAUGGUAGAGGUUUCCAGUUUAAUGUUUGCCAAUAAUCUUUCUUGGCUCCAAAUCUGAACCAGGAGAUUGUUUUUUAAUGCUGCUUCCCAGGUUGUUUUGUAAUUUUGAUGUGAUCCCUGCUUAUGAUACGGCAGUUAUAGGUUGAAUGGCUUCUGACUGGGACCCCCGAACAAAGUAUUGGCAACAUAGGGAGACUGCCAACAUAAGAGCUAGAUUGUUCAGUUGGUAGAGCAUCGGUGUGGCCAGAGAUUCUUUCCCACAUACGAUGGAUUGUGUAGAAAUUUUGUCUGAUAGUGCCCUCUUUUGAAUCAACUUCCAGCCCAUGUUAAUUUACUGUAAGGGGGACACACAAAAUCCCCCAACACCGGCAUGUUAAUCUGGAGGUUACAGGUUCAAGGUUCAAAUCCCGCUCUAUUCAAUUUGUCUUUGUUCAAUUCACUAAGAAGUUAGGACGAUAACAAACAUUUAUGAAACUUGUUAUGGCAUCAAGUUAUCAGUAUUGCCUCUUGCAUUUACGCCACUGUGGUUUGUAGUUGUUGACCUUAUUGCAGAGAGGCUGGAGAGGCAAUUUAAUGCUCUCCCGUGACCUUUUGACAAUACCCGCUGGUAUUAUCAAAAGGUCAUUGGAGAUAUACAAAUUGCGUAGUCGCCAGUAACAGGCAUGCGCAGCAGCAACUCCGAAUUGGCUAAUUCAUUUCCUCAGGUUCACACCUUCAGCAUUAUUCCUACUACCAUCUUCUUGUUUUAUAGACUUGCCGGUGGUGCUGGUGUUGUGUCCAAUAAUGUCCAAGCAGUGUUGUAGUUAAGUAUUUUUCAGACCAGCAUCAAGUCCUGCCAAGCACUGAUAAGAUGGCUGAUAAGUUCUCAAGUAUGAGUACUUGGGUCAUCGUGUACGAGAACAAGUACC